CUUGUUUACGUUGCAAAGGUGAAGACACUUCCUGGUUUAGAAACUGGUACGUUUACAAGUCAUUCGGGACAUUUCAUGUCCAAUUUGACUGAAUCUCACGAUCAAAGCUCUACUCCUCCCACAAAGAAGCGGAAAAUCGACGCCACUACGGGUGCCAAUUGUACUAGUACAGUCGUGCCUUCAAACACCGAAGACUUAACUGACAGUGUUGCUAAUCUCCAAGGCAAGGUGGAAAUGGCCGAGAAUGGAGUUAAGAAUGGGAAAGGAUCUGAUGACAUAGAUGAAAGUCUAUACUCCAGACAGUUGUAUGUACUGGGCCAUGAUGCUAUGCGUCGGAUGCAGAAUUCCAAAGUUCUUAUAUCUGGUCUGGGAGGUCUCGGCGUAGAGAUUGCAAAGAAUGUAGUCCUCGGUGGUGUGAAGGCAUUGACGUUACAUGACACGGAAAAUACUUCCUGGGCAGAUCUAUCCUCACAGUUCUUCCUCAGAGAAGCAGACAUUGGAAAGAACCGAGCUGAAGUGACCCAUCCACGACUUUCUGAGCUAAACUCUUACGUACCUGUGAAUGCCUAUACUGGGGCCCUUACUGACAAAUAUGUCAGCCAAUUCCAGGUUGUUGUACUGACCAAUAGCAGUUUAGAUGACCAAAUAAGGAUAGGGGAGGUUUGCCAUAGCAAUGAUGUUGCAUUCAUUGUAGCAGACACUAGAGGCCUGUUUGGACAAAUCUUCUGUGACUUUGGUAAAGCAUUCAAUGUGAUUGACACAAAUGGAGAGCAGCCAAUCUCAAACAUGAUUUCAGCCAUUGCUAAGGAUGAGAAUGCUGUCGUCACAUGCAUGGAUGAAACACGUCACGGAUAUGAAUCUGGAGAUUAUGUAACAUUUUCUGAGAUCCAGGGGAUGACCGAACUAAAUGGCUGUGAGCCUAGAAAGAUUGAAGUCCUGGGUCCAUAUACAUUUAGUAUUGGUGACACAUCUGGGUUCAGUGACUAUGUGAGAGGUGGUACAGUUAUUCAAGUGAAAAUGCCAAAGACAAUUUCAUUUAAAUCCAUCAAAGAAUCCUUAGCUGCCCCAGAGUUUGUGAUGACAGACUUUGCCAAGUGGGAGCAACCUGGUCAGCUGCAUGUAGGCUUCCAGGCCCUGCAUGAGUACCAAAAGAAAAAUGGAUCCCUGCCUAAACCCAGGUGUAAGGGUGACGCAGAUGCAUUUGUUGCACUGGCGAAGGAAGUGAAUAGCAGCUCUGCAGCAAAGUUGGAUGAGCUAGAUGAAAAAUACAUGCGGGAACUGUCUUACUCUGCAAUGGGCAAUAUAUGUGCUAUGCAGGCUGUCAUUGGUGGAAUCUCGGCACAAGAAGUUAUGAAGGCUUGCAGUGGUAAAUUCAACCCAAUUCAACAGUGGCUCUACUUCGAUGCCUUGGAAUGUUUACCAGAAAAUGCAGAUGAAGUUUUAACGGAAGAGUCUUGCAAACCUAGGAAUAGUCGCUACGACUCUCAAAUUGCAGUAUUUGGAGAAGAAUUCCAGAAAACUCUUGGAAAUCUCAAAUAUUUCCUGGUUGGGGCUGGAGCUAUUGGCUGUGAGAUGCUGAAGAACUGGGCUAUGAUUGGUCUAGGCUGUGGUGAUGGCAAUGUCUGGGUCACUGAUAUGGACAUCAUAGAGAAAUCUAACCUCAACAGACAGUUCCUCUUCCGGUCCUGGGAUGUACAGAAACAUAAGUCUGCAACUGCCGCUAAUGCUGCUAAAGCCAUGAAUCCUAGCUUCAACAUUACGCACCAGGAAAACAGAGUCGGGCCUGACACAGAGAAUAUUUACAAUGAUGACUUCUUUGAAUCUUUAUCAGGAGUUGCUAAUGCUUUGGACAAUGUGGAUGCAAGGAUGUACAUGGACAGAAGAUGUGUGUACUACCGUAAACCUCUGCUGGAGUCAGGUACACUUGGCACAAAAGGCAACAUCCAGGUUGUCAUUCCUCAUCUCACAGAGUCUUACAGUUCCUCUCAGGAUCCCCCUGAGAAAUCAAUUCCAAUAUGUACCCUCAAGAAUUUCCCAAAUGCAAUAGAACACACACUACAGUGGGCUAGGGACCAGUUUGAAGGUGUGUUUACGCAGCCCAUGGAGGCAGCCUUGCAGUAUAUCAGUGACCCAAAGUUCAUGGAACGUACACUAAAACAACCAGGGACUCAACCUUUGGAGACAUUAGAUGCCUUGAAAAAAGCACUUGUAGAUCACAGACCCAAUGACUUUGAAGGCUGUGUUAAAGCAGCCAGGGUGUCUUUCCAAGAAAACUUCAGCAAUCAGAUAAGACAGUUGCUCUUCAACUUUCCCCCAGAUCAGACUACCAGUUCAGGCGCCCCCUUUUGGUCAGGUCCAAAGCGAUGUCCACACAAUAUUGAAUUUGAUGUCAGUAAUGCUCUUCAUUUAGAUUACGUUGUAUCAUAUGCCAACUUGAGAGCAGAGAUGUAUGGCAUACCUCAGGUACGCGACAGGUCUGCUAUUGCUGACAUCGUGUCCAAGAUUGUUCUCCCAGUGUUCACUCCAAAGUCGGGAGUAAAGAUUGAUGUCACGGAUGCUGAGGCAGAUGCCAGGCGUAAUGAUGGCUCAUUGGAUGAAUCUUCCCUUGAAACUGUAAAGAAAUCACUACCUGAUAAAAUGUCACUCAAAGGAACCAGGUUUGUGCCAAUAGAAUUUGAGAAAGAUGAUGACACCAACUUCCACAUGGAUUUCAUCGUAGCUUGUUCCAAUUUGCGAGCAGAGAACUAUGGGAUUGCUCCUGCUGAUAGACAUCAGAGUAAGCUGAUUGCGGGAAAGAUUAUUCCAGCAAUUGCCACAACAACAGCUAUGGUUGUUGGUUUUGUCACACUUGAGUUAUUUAAGCUUGUCCAGCAACAUAAGAAACUUGAAAAGUAUAAAAAUGGGUUUGUCAAUCUGGCUCUUCCCUUCUUUGGCUUCUCAGAACCUAUAGAGGCACCAAAAAAUAAGUAUUACGAUACAGAAUUCUCCCUAUGGGAUCGCUUUGAGAUUGAAGGUGAUAUAACCCUACAGGAGUUCAUAGACUACUUUCAGGAAAAGCAGAAACUGGAGAUCACCAUGCUGUCACAGGGUGUCUGUAUGCUUUAUUCCUUCUUCAUGGCCCCUGCCAAAAGAAAAGAACGCCUGGGAAUGACCAUGACUGAAGUUGUAACAAAAGUCUCUAAGAAGAAGAUUCCACCUCAUGUGAAGGCCCUUGUGUUUGAACUAUGUUGUAAUGACACAGAUGGUGAAGAUGUUGAGGUCCCCUAUGUCAACUACAAAUUCGCAAGUUAGAUGGCGCUGUUUUCAUGAAGCGGCCAUGUUGGAUUUGAAUAGAAACUGACUAUUUAUAGAGGCAUUUGUAAAAUGCUGAAAACUUCUUCAGUUAUUUAUGGGAUGUACCUGGCUAAAUAACAGACAUCCAAUUCCAGAGUGACUCAUAUCAACUCCUCUGCUGAUAUGGAGAAUUCUCUUGUUUGGAAAAGUAUAGUGGACUACCCAAUCAUGAUGAUUAUCUUGCUGUCAGACAAAUAUGCUGUUAAAAACUGUGGAUUUUAUGCCAAUAGAAUAUAUGUGUUCUUAAUUGUUAUUAGGAUCCUAUAGUGCAACUGUCCUAUGAUACAUGUAUUUCCUUUUUGAUCUGUUGUUAGAAUUAUUUUCAAAACUGGUAUUUAAUAAAAAUGGAAUGACGUGUUAUUUAUUAUGUAAUGAUAUGAGCUGGAAUUGUAACAGUUGGCCACCAAUGAUGUUAUUCUGAUGUAACCAUGGGGUGUUGACAUUUUCUAAAUACAAUAUGGCCUUGUAAGGCCUUAUGACGUACAAUUCAUAUAUUCAUGUCAGUUACUUUGUUGUAUGUUCUUUCUUUCUUUGCAAUGUUGAACUGUUACCAUGUAUGUUUACUUCCUAUUGGUUUUAAUAUUGAAUUGGCUACCUGAUGUAUAUUUUAAUUAUUGUUUGUAAUCCAUAAGUUACAGUUUAUGUUACCUCUACAAGUUGAUUGUCUGUUAGGCUGGAAUUUUAUGAAAAGGAAAAAUGCAAAACUGGCUUAACAAACAUUUAAUUUGUUUAGACUUUAUUGUUGGCACAGUUUCUAUGUCACAUUGUUUUUGUAUUCUUUUCUUUAAAGUCUGAUUGUAUAACAACUUGGAGGUUAACAUCCUGCAGUCUGCGACAACUAUUUAUAGACUGUUUAUAUAUUGCCAAAUUGGCUCUUGAAGCCAAGUGAGUAGGUUUGAAAAAUGAAAUAUAAAAGUACUAGAAAUAUCA